GAUGUUUGUAAUGUUCCUCAGGUUUAGAUGCAGCUUCCCAGCCGUCAGUAACUAGUCAGCUAAAUGUCAGCACCACAGGAAAUAAGCAAUCAAAUGUAGAAGUUCUGGGUGACAUUUUUGGAUCACUUCCAUCUUCAAAGCCACCUGGUCCUAGUGCAUCUUCCACUGGAGUAAACUCCAUACUUCAGCCAGUUACCAUUCCACAGAACAGAAGUAAAUUGGGAACGUGUCCGAGCAUAGUGGAGCCAGAAGAGCCCAGUAAACUGAAAGCUUUAGAAGAUUUAGAUGCGCUUGGAAAAACUCUUCUCAAGCAGAGUUUACCCACUUCCUGUAAACUGGGUUCACAGUUUACCAAGCCAGCGGCCAAAGUUCCAAUGAACAUGCUGAGUAAGAUGCUUCCAGAAGGCAGUCAGAGUCAGUCCUCCACUGACAUUCACAGUACACCAAUCUUGUUGAGCAUGCGAACUAUCACUGGCAGUGCUGCAGCUUCAUCCAGUUUGGAUCUUGACUUUCUCAUUGGUAAAACAAUGAAAACAGGAAGCAGUGGUACAACUAGUGGCCCAGGAGGAGGGGGUGAUGGUGGUAGGAACAGGAGCUGUGCUUCAUCUGAUGUGCUUAAUGGGUCGCUGGUGAAUGGUAGUGGUACUGAUGACUCUAUGGUAGAUCUGUCAGAAGAUGUGAUAGAGGUGUGUCGGGAAGAAUCAACAACCAGUGGUCCAGGUUCUAGCACUGAACAGAAUUAUAGGCUGGCAGAGGCAUUUGUAUCAGCAUCAGCAAGGCAGGGAAGCGAAGAGGAUGCAGCGAAGAUGCAGGUGUCAGAGCCCAGUUCACAUAGUGCUGCAGCCAACAGUGGAUGUACAAGUGCAGUCCAGUCUCCAGCCAGAAGAGUUGAAGUGAAACCCCUCACUGAUAUUUCUGUCGCACUAGAAAGCAUCAGACCAGGUUCAGUACCACCACUGACUGUUCUCGAUCAGAAGAAUGGUAUCACAGUUAUUCUGAAUUUUGGAAAGGAUGGCCCCAGGCCAGAUGUCUCUGUCAUUGUUGUCACAACAAUCAGCAAAAAUUCUUCACCCAUCUCAAACUACCUGUUCCAGGCAGUUGUUCCAAAGACAUGCAAACUGCGAUUGCAGCCUCCGUCCGGUUCGGAUCUGCCAGCACAUAACCCUUUCCUGCCACCUGCUGCUAUUACACAGGUCAUGCUUAUAGCAAAUCCAAAUAAGGAUCCUGUUUCACUCAAGUUUAUGGUAAGCUUCACAAUGGAUGAUGAAACAGUUACUGAAAUGGGAGAGGCUGAGAACUUACCGCUGUCUGCGUGAGUUGGCCAAUGUGUACAUAGUGCUGGGAGCAUGCCUUUCAGGAGGUUGGAUGGUGGAUGAUUGCUAUGGGAAUGUGACCCUUGAGAACACUGUAAUGUGAAUUAUGUGAUAAAGCAGAAUAAACACUGUGAGAAGAAAGUGUGGCUGUUUUAUUAGACUCUUUGAGAAUAUAUCCAAAUAUGUUAUGAAAGGAAGUAUGCUGCUGUGAUGUGGUUAAUAUUAAACAUUAAUAUUCCUGUGAGGUAUGUAUGUGUUUACAGUGUAGCUUCAGUUUAAUGUAUAUAGGAUGAUUUAAAUGUAAAAUUUGUAAGUUUGUAAUAAAGAAAUGUUGUACAGGUUGUAAUGAAGGGUACAGGGGAUGUCACAGAUUAUAAUAAGUAUGAGGGAUGGAACUUUAAUAGUGGCAACUAUUUAUUUACAACUGAUGCAAAAUAGAUGCUUGUUUUGAAGUUUUACUGUCCU